AUGCGGAGAAUGAGUUUGAUUGAGGAAGAUUGCAAUAAACGAAAUAAUAAAAGAAAGUUUGCUUCCUAUGUGGAAAAGACAUUUGGAUUUCCGAUUGAUCCUUCGAGUCUAUUCGACGUUCAGGUUAAACGAAUCCACGAGUACAAACGGCAACUCCUAAACUGUCUCCACAUAAUCACACUUUAUAACCGCCUUAAACGAGUAAAGGCUGGCAUUGAGGACUACACUGUUGUCCCCAGGACUGUCAUAAUUGGGGGGAAGGCCGCUCCUGGUUACAAAAUAGCCAAACUGAUAAUAAAACUAAUUUGUAAUGUGGCGGACGUGGUGAAUAAUGAUCCGGACACUAAUAACGAUCUGCGAGUGUUCUUUUUACCGGACUAUAAAGUGUCUUUGGCAGAGAAGAUUGUUCCUGCGGCUGAUUUGAGUGAACAAAUUUCCCUGGCAGGGACUGAAGCAUCGGGGACUGGGAAUAUGAAGUUUAUGGUAGUGACUGAUGGUUAGUUGGUAGCUGAAUGGAGCUGUUACGUUGGGAACGUUGGAUGGGGCCAAUGUAGAGAUGGCAGAACAGGUGGGAAUGGAUAACAUAUUUAUAUUUGGAAUGACCGUUCAACAAGUUAAGG